AUGGUUGAAUCAACUGGUUCUACGGUUGUGGCUCCCGUUGAGGAUGAGAAAACUCGAGCACUUACCAACUAUAGGAAGAAGCUGGUCGAGUACAGAGAUAUUGAACAACAGUUGAAGCUGCUAAGAAAAAAGGAGGCUGAAAUGCAAAAAAGCUUUGAUAAAUCUGAGAACGAUAUCAAGUCGCUGCAAUCCGUUGGUCAAAUUGUUGGUGAAGUACUCAAACAGCUGACUGAAGAGAAAUUCAUCGUUAAGGCAACAAAUGGUCCCCGAUACGUGGUCGGUUGUCGACGUUCGAUCAAUAAAGAGCAAUUGAAACAAGGUACUCGAGUGGCGUUGGAUAUGACGACUUUAACAAUAAUGCGUCAACUUCCUCGCGAAGUCGAUCCCCUCGUCUACAAAAUGUCGCACGAAGAUCCUGGUAAUAUCACUUAUGCUGAUGUUGGUGGUCUUGCGGAGCAGAUUCGGGAACUAAGAGAGGUGGUUGAACUCCCGCUAAUAAAUCCUGAACUAUUCCGUCGUGUUGGUAUUACUCCACCAAAAGGAUGUCUUCUUUAUGGACCACCGGGAACAGGAAAGACGCUCUUGGCUAGAGCAGUGGCUUCACAGUUAGAUUGCAACUUCCUCAAGGUGGUCUCCUCUGCCAUUGUCGAUAAGUACAUCGGAGAAUCUGCUCGAAUGAUCCGUGAAAUGUUCAAUUAUGCACGAGAUCAUCAGCCAUGUAUAGUUUUUAUGGAUGAGAUUGAUGCCAUUGGUGGUCGUCGAUUCUCAGAAGGUACCUCUGCAGAUCGUGAAAUCCAAAGAACGCUGAUGGAGCUGUUGAAUCAGCUAGAUGGUUUCGACUCUUUGGGAAAAGUUAAAGUCAUUAUGGCGACAAACCGACCUGAUACACUUGAUCCUGCUCUUCUUCGUCCUGGUCGUCUUGAUCGAAAGGUCGAAAUUCCGCUGCCGAAUGAACAGGCUCGCCUCGAGGUUCUAAAAAUCCAUGCGAAUCCUAUCACCAAGCAUGGUGAUAUUGAUUACGAAGCAGUUGUCAAAUUGUCAGAUGGUUUUUCUUGCGCUGAUCUCCGUAAUGUCUGCACUGAAGCGGGUCUUUAUGCUAUCAGAGCUGAACGAGAAUAUGUGAUUGAAGAGGACUUUAUGAAAGCUGUUCGAAAGGUUGGCGACGCAAAGAGGCUCGAAACAAAAUUGGACUACAAACCUGUUUAA